GGCUACUGAGCUAAGCUUUUUGGGUAUUGUCAUCGAUACACAGCGGAUGGAGUGUAGGCUACCAGUAGACAAAGUGUCAGAGUUAAGAACAGGGGUGGCGGCGGCAUUGAGAGCAAAGAAGAUUCGUCUGCGGGACCUGCAGUCUUUGUUGGGCAAAUUGAACUUUGCAUGCAGAAUCCUACCAAUGGGCCGCAUUUUUAGUAGGAGGUUGGCUUCGGCGACAGGAGGGGUGGUGUCUCCUCACCAUUUUAUUAGACUAGGCAGUGAGUUGAAAGGGGAUUUGAAAGUUUGGGAUUCCUUUUUAAAACAGUUUAAUGGCAGAGCAUUAGUUAUGGGGGGGGUGGUUGAUGCGUUUGAUUUCGAAUUGUUUACGGAUGCUGCGGGUGGAGCGGGUUUUGGGGCGUACUGUGAAGGGCAGUGGUGUGCGGGUCGGUGGCCUGAGUCCUGGGUACGAAAAGGGUGGGUAAAAAACGUGGCAUUGUUGGAACUCUUCCCCAUUGUGUUGGCAGUCACGCUCUGGGGGGAGAAGUUUCGGCACAAGAAGGUUCGUUUCCAUUGUGACAACUUGGGAGUUGUGCAAGCCAUCAACAGUGUAACGGCCUCUUCCCCCCCAGUUAUUUGCCUGUUGCAGCAGUUGGUUCUCCGGUGCUUGUCCCUUAAUGCUUGGGUGUUUGCAGUGCAUGUGCCUGGUUCCUCUAACUGUAUAGCUGACGCACUUUCUCGUUUUCAGUGGGAGCGGUUUCGCCAGCUGGCCCCGGAGGCGAGUCAGGUCGGAUUGGUGUGUCCAGAGUCGUUGUGGGAGAUCCUGGAGGUGGUGCCCCGUUAUUAGUUUGGAUCCUGGGCCAUUCGUUCGUGUUCUGGGGGGCAUUACGAGCGGAUGUUCGGCAGAAUGGGCGGCAGCUGGGGUUUGAUCGGGGGACAGCCAUAGUAAGAUGGAUCGGACGCAGAGGUAUGGCGUGGGGUAGUGUUUUGCAGGAGGUUCAUCGGCAAGCCAGGUUAGAUAGAGUCCCGGAUAUCUUGGUGUUGCAUGUUGGGGGAAAUGACCUAGGGGUCCGACCUUGCAGAGAGUUGAUCAGGGAUAUUCGUUUUGAUUUUUUGCGUUUGUGGUCCCUCUUCCCGUCAGUUGUCACUGUGUGGUCGGACAUUGUCCCCAGGAAGGUCUGGAGGGAGGCGAGAUCGGUUGAAAGGCUGAAUAAGGCUAGGAUUAAGCUGAACAGGGUGAUUGGGCGGUUCUGUGCCAAACAUGGGGCGGUGGUGGUGAGGCACCCCGAGUUGGAAGCAGGAACAGGAGGUUUUUGGAGACAGGAUGGAGUCCACCUCAAUGCGGUGGGCAUUGAUUUGUGGUCACUGGACUUACAGGGAGGUAUCGAAACAGCCAUCCGGGUGUGGCGGAAACUCGCGAGCUUAAGGGCUGUCAAGCUGCACGUUGUUGGCGGGGGGAGGUCAUAGAAGCUGGGGCUACUGGAUGGUAACGGUGAAUGAGAGGGCCUCAAUGGUGGGGCUGGACUCUCAGAGUUGGGGCACCUGGUUGGCUUGGUAUGGCGUCCGUCAGUUGGUGUCCCCUAGCUUGUGGUACGCGGCUGGGGGCAAGAUGGAAUUGCCGUGGUGGUUUGUGGUCGUUUAAGGUGCAGUUAGGCGGCUUCUAGGACCUCCCUCGUCAGUUAGACAUGUAUAUAUUUAUAUAUAUAUGUCAUUGUUAUAUCAAGUGUUAUGUUUAUUCAUGUUAUUUAUAUUAUUUAAUAAAAGACGGCUGCUGUGGCCGAUUUAAUCCAAGCAGUGGCUGUGUGUGGUUAUUGGGAGAGGAAAAGGGGAAGGUUAGUUAGCUAAAUGAUGGGGUAGUGGACCCGAGCGUAGCCAAUAACCCUACUCAAGUGAGGCCGGACGAAGCGGCACGCUUCAGGGGAGG